CAACUUGUCAGCACUGUUUCACAGCUGUUUUAUAUACAUAUGAUUGCAUACAAAAGCAAAGAAAAUUGCAUAUUAAACAAUUUAUACGAAAGAUUCACAACUUUUGGCGAGAUAUUUGUUAACUCUUAAAAUGUUGGAAACUUGUCAAAGGCGUCACAUGCUACUAGGGCUCAGCCUAUUAGUGGCUGCAACAGUAAUAGUUCUCAUUAUCGAGUCGCAUUUUCCUUCCAGCGAGAAUACUCGACGCUCGCGAGCUCAACAGUUCGUCAUUGAAAACAAUUCCACAUGCUGGCAGCGCGAAGAAUAUAGUGUCAUACAGGAAUGUCAUCCGUGCACCGAAUUUGAUAUUGUAAGCAAAAGCCUUGGUGUAUGCAUACACACGCAUUACAAGGAAGUUCUACGUUGUAGAAGUGGGGAAACUGUGACGCGUAGCUGUGAUCGUGUCGCGCUUAUCGACCAGCGUAAUUUCAUUAAAUUUGAGAUUACUUGCUUCUGUAUAGGCUCACUUAGCUAUCUAGUUUCAUAUGCCAGAGAUCGAAUAUUAUCACGAAGAACACAUUUAAAAAUUGAACGACAAUUGAACCGCAUGCAAUAACAUUAAGAGUAAUGCAGCUUUAGGCUACGGGGAAAUGGAUGUGUAUGUAUUAAAGUUAUGAGAUUUUAACGAUAGGUUAAGUGUAUUGAGAAUAAUUUGUUACGACCGUAAUGCUGAUUAAAAUUUAAGAAUGAAAAAAUCCAGAUUCUUGAUUAAAAUUAACAACGAUAUCAUCUUAAAAAUGGUUAAUUAUGGUAUUCUAUCUUAAAUUUAAACUUUUAUUUUAAGUUAAUAGAAAUAUGUUUUUGUUGUGUUUAUCUAAAUAUGUGCACAUAUAUUUGUAUAAUAAUAAUAUAAAAGCUUCCAAAAGGGACGCUAACUAUAAAUUUACUAAAUGGAAUGCAUUGCUAGAUUAUAUAAGAAUAAGUAAGAUUAUAUAAGAAUAAGUAAGA